AGACCACGCUAUGCUUUAUAUUUAAGUUAGCUGGCUGGCCUCUCUACAAAAAUCCAGACUUCUUUAAAGCUUCCAAAAUGGCCAAAUUAAUAUUUUGCUUAGCUAUUUUCUGCCUAUUCCUGUCAUACCAUUGUGAAGGAAUUCCUUUUCAUUUGGAAAUUUUGAGCGAUAGAACCAAAAACUGUUUCUUCAAAUUCUUUGAAUCAGUUUUAUUGAAAGAGAACAGCUGCUCGAGGAACUUUGAUUUUUUGGCGAAAGACAAUGUGAAACGGCGACAAGCAUUCAUCAGUGGAAAAGAUUGUUUUCUGAAAAUAGUCUCCCAAAGAUGUCAUCCUGACAGAUUAGAUGUAUUCAAUUACUAUUACGAAGAGCUCGUGGAUGCUCUUUCUUUUAUUCCAGCACAUGGAGGAUGCUCGGAUACAUAUUAUAGAUUAAAUGCUCAAAGGUGUGACGCGCAGAAGACAAUGAUGGAGUGGGAAAUUGAGAAGCAAUUAGAAAGAUUGCCAAAGUUCAAAAAUUCAACGCAAGUAAUCGCCAUGUGCAGGGAAAUAAAGGAAUGUAUGGAAGACCUUUGCUUCACCGAAGACUCUCAGUACGAAAUCGAAUUUAGUCUUGCUGUUCCAGAACUUACAGUGUCUCAUUUCACAGUCUGUAUAAACACGAUCGAUAAGGAAUUACCUGACCUUUCAAAGUACAGAUGUCUCGAAAAUCGAAGUUUCUUCAAGAAAACCCCAGAAUACAUGUGUGAAAGAUAUCGAAAUAGCAACAGGGAAUGUUUGAGAGCCGUUACAAAAGGGUACUGUGGACGGGAUGUUGUGAAACCAGUGGAAAAGUAUCUGAACGAAUUUGUAAAAUUGAAAUGUAAACCAUGAAUAAAGAUU